GCAUUGUCCUCCGAUCUUGACGCCACUACACGUCUCAUGGACACCCUUGUGGCAAUGGAAUUGCUAGAAAAAUUCAAACAGGGUGACCAGUGGUUGUACAGUAAUUCUGAAAUGGCCACUAAAUUUCUCACUAAAGACAGUCCAAAUUCGCAUCUGGAUAUGAUCGCCUUAAUAAACAAAAUGAUGUAUCCUAUGUUCGGAAAUUUAGAAACCGCCGUUCGCGAGGGAACUACACAAUGGAAGAGGACGUUUAGAAUGCCUACAGAGGAAACUUUUGUGAACCUUUAUAACACCGAAGAAGCCAAAUUACGAUUCCUGGGUGCCAUGCAUUGUAAUUACCUCUAUGGAAGCUAUGCUGCUGCUAAAGCCAUUGAUCUAAGCGCGUACAGAAGCUGCUGUGAUCUAGGAGGUAAGUCAAAAAAACGGAAAGUUCGAAUACAUCACACGCUAUUUUUAUAAGAAGUCCAAGACUUACAAUGGAAAAACCUUUGCCUGUCAGCACUGUGAAAACAAUACUGGCUGAAGUUUAUUCCACCUCUUCUGAACGAGCAUUAUGAAGAAACCACGAUCAAAAAGAACGAAACCGCGUUUGGUCUCACAAUGGCUGAACUAAAUUAAUAGUCGACUGAAUGCAAUAACAUAGAGAAAUUUUGAGCCAAGAAAAAUGUCUCAGGGAAUUUGCAUAAUAUAGUCAGACUUUUCUUCCAAACGUAUCUUAUUCUUCUUUUCUUAAACUCGUCGACAAUUUGUCAAUUACACAUGGAUGAGGAUAAGUGUAACAAAUUUUAAUUCAAUUUUGCCUUAAGUAACCUGUUGGACCUAGGUUUAAAACUACUUAUGGAAAAGACCGUGUAUGCGAACGUCGCAGAAAGGCUAGGCCCGUUUCAAACCGGUCGUUCUACUACCGUUCUGAGCUAGCGCGACUUGGUUUAAAACGUCGAAUUCAACUCAUUCUUUUCAACAACUUUCCACGAACAACUUUGCAUGAGCUUUGUAUAACUGCUGUCCUAUUUUAAUUAUACGUUAACUACCGUUUUUAACAUUCCGGAUAGAGGAAACACGGCUACCUUUUCGGAGGUUACGUGUCUGCCAAGAAUUUUUCGCUGGUUUUACACAAAAAUUCUAUCCAAGCAAGAUUUUUGGAAAAUUAGUUGUAAAUGUGCUAAUUACAAUAAACAGCAAACGAUCUAUGACUCUGUUUGCUGAAAUGGAAAUUUAAAAUUCCCUAUUUCUCUCUGCUCUAGGGGCUGUGGGAACUCUCGCCUAUGCUUUCUGUCAGUUCUACCCUGAAAUGAAGAUAACAGUUUGUGACUUGGAGCCAGCCGUGAGUUUAGCCCAUCACUUCCGACCAUCAGUUGAAGCUUGCCCAAAUCAAGCCAAUGUUUCCUUUGCGGUCGGCGAUUUCUUCAAACCUGAAACCAUACCAAAGGCUGAGCUGUAUGUGUUGUCUCACGUUCUCCCCGACUGGUCAGAGGAUAAAGUUGACUUGAUUCUUUCAAAUGUCUACAAGUGCUUACCCUCAGGUAAUUUUAAUACAAAGAAAGUUUUACCGUUCUUUAAGGGAUCCAGCACGCACUUACGGAAGUACGUGCGUGCGCCGUCAAGGGCCAUCCAAGCAGAAAAUACUAGGUUCUGCACGUAACUUACAGUUUGGAUCAAGAAAACGGGAUUUAUUAUGUCUCUGGUUUAAUUACAGACUGAGAGGGCAUCAAGGAUUACAGUUCAAUCAGGAAACCUGUAAAUGAUCGAUGGGAGUGAAAUCCUACACACGAGCGUCAAAAAUGGUGGCUUUGUGACGGCAAAACAUUUAACACACCCAAAUUAAACCCCAAACUUACAAGAAACGCCGUAACAGCCUUACAAUGUUUUUCCCUCAUGAAUCGUAACCAAAACGAACUUUAAUUUUGAAUUCACGGUCUUAGUCUUUAAGUGAAAUGAGCCUGCGAACCGACUGAUGAAGAAGUGCUUUGGUAACAAAGGGUGUUAUAACAUAACAAAAGUAAAUCGCGCGCUCUGAUUGGUCAGUCAGCCACUACCAUUUGCCCGUGGGUGCACGCCAAGAAAAUGAGCUAGCGCGGUAAAAUUUAGGCAAAUUCAACAAAUCUCCUGACGGUAAAAUACACCCAUGAAAUGCACAGAUGAGAAGUGGAAGUUGAAGAAAAUACCAAGCCGUCGUUUUGAAGGAAAAAAGACAAAAUAUCAAGCGAUAAAUUUUCCCUGGAUGAAUUAAUCGCGGCUAGAAUCGGCAGAAGGAAAAUCGAGCGAGCGAAGAUUUAAGGUACAUUUUGUGUGUUUUUUAUAGAAGAGAAAGUCUGUUUGAAAUGUAAAUUUAUCAAUUAGCAUUGUGUUAUUGACUUUUUGGUCAAGCUGAUGCUAAAUUCAAGCAAAUAUGUUAGGAAACACGGUCAAAUUCGAGACAGCUUUGUUGUGAAGUUUUCAUCGCAUCGAUUAAAAAUUUUAGUUGAGUUUUUUAAACGGGCACAUUACGCUGGAGUAAGCAAAUUUCAUUUGAGUACAGAAACAUUUGGGUUUUCAAAUAAAUUUUUCAAAAAAUAACUUCUGUGUGUAUUAGUUUGUUCCUCAGUGUUCAUUCAUAACAGUCGUUCAGAGGACGGUCGAAAAACAACAGCUUCAGCGCCGGCUGUGCGUCGGCGAAUUUCAGUUGCAACUUUGACUUUCAUAGCUGGAUUUCGAUACAAAGCUAGUUAAUUUCUUUUUAAAAUUAGUAUUACCUGUUAUUCUAAAGGAAUUACAGUCAAAUUUUCUCAUCUCUACUUUACGUUUAUUUCAAAAAUUGUCACAUAAAUAAGCUUGAUAAUUAUUUCAUUUAUUUAGUUUUAGCUUAUUUUUUAGAGUGUUUUUAGUUGGUGUUUAUAGUUGCAGCUAUAGUUUUCCCUCAAAGUUUUUACCCUAAUAUUAAGAGCAAGUAGACAGAUGUCAUUCAGAAUCACAACGAAAAACGUUUUGCAAUUUACCUGAAGACGGAGAACAGUUGAUUCAGCGAAAGAAAAACUCAAAGGGGCGGGCAGAUGGCAGCAUACAUGAACUCGGACCGAUGACUCAACCGAAGGCAAAUGGAAAAUAAUGUUUUUCUCUUUUGAUUAUGUUAUAAAAGAAAUGGUAAACGUUGCAGCUGUGCAACCAUGGAGUUAUGGAUGCACUUGGGAGGUUUGCUAAGCACUCAAGCAGGAUUAGCUCAGUCGGUCGAGCGCUUGACUGCAGAGCGGGAGGUCGGGGGUUCGAUUCCCGGGACCGGACCAAUACUCAGGGUCUUAAAAUAACUGAGAAAUGAAGGUACGACCUUCGCCCUGCAGGCGGCUGGACCUUCGCGUGGCUAGGAUGACCACGUAAAAUGGCGGUCCCGUCUCCAUUAGGAGACGUAAAAUAUAGUGUCUACAAUUAGCACUUUCGUGCUAAAUACAUUGACACUCAAAUAAAGUGCAUUUUUUUUUCUGACGCUUCUUUCGUGCUUAGCAACCUCCCGCGUGCAUCCAUAACUCCAUGGAUGCACAGCUACAACGUUUUUAAUCUAGUAUGCAGGCUACACGGUGACGGUUGACAGUGCAUAUAGAAAUGGCGUACAAGAUUAUUGUAUGACCAAUCAUUUCUUUUGCUAGCCUAACUUCGACAAUGUUGGAGACGUUUUAACUCCCUCAGUAACUGAGGGACUAAAAACGACUCGAAGUAAUCGUCUGAAAUUCAGGUUACUCUGUUGCCAUAAAAAGGCAAAAAACGCGUCACUUUUCAUAGCUCUUUUUUUUUUUAGGUGGGGGACUCCUCAUUUGCGAACGGAUUUUAAACGAAGACAAACGUGGCCCAUUGCCUACUCUCAUUUACAGCCUUCUAAUGUUGGUGUGCACAGGUGGAAAAGAGAGAUCAGCUUCAGAAUACAAGCAUCUCCUGGAAAAGCAUGGGUUUAUAGAUGUUGAAGCGAAACGUGUUUAUUUUACUCAAGAUGCCAUUUUCUGCAGAAAGAUGUAA